GCAGCAGCGUGCGGCGUGUGUUGGUUCCCCGCUCGUCAUGGCCGGUACCGGCUCCGGCUCCAUCCGCCUGCGGCUGCACUUCGACUACCCGCCCCCCGCGGCCCCGGGCUGCAGGAUGUGCUGGCUGCUGGUGGACCUGCAGGCCUGCCGCGUGGUGGCCGACCUGGAGAGCACCAUCCGGGACAGGUUCGGCUUCAGCCGCCGCAGCGUCUUCAGCCUGUUCAUCCGGGACUGCUACCUGCCGAGCACAGAGAGCAUCCACGUGGUCCGGGACGAUGACGACAUCAGGGUGAAGGUGGAGAGUCUGGCUCAGGUGAACGGACACGGCAGCCCCCCGGAGACCACCAGGGAGAAGAGCCGGAAGAGGCGGAGGGCCACGGAGGAGGACGGCCCGGGAGCUGAGGACGUGGAUGUCAAGUGCAAGAAGAAGAAAAAGAAGAAGAAAGUGCAUGAGGAAGCGGUGCUGGAGGACGCCGAGCUGGCUGCAGGUGACGGUGGGAGGAAGACUCCAGUAGGGACGCCCACGCAGAAGAAGAAGAAGAAGAAGAGGAGGAGGGAGAAGACCCCCAUCAGGGUCGACCCUCCAGUUAAAGGCAAGAAGUCCCCAGCAGCCCCAGUAAAGGGGCGGAGCCCCCCUUCCUCUGAUUCCAGCAGCAGCGAAGAUGAUGACGAUUCCAGGAAAAAGACCUCAUCCUCCACCACCCCCGCUGCCCCCAAACCCUCUCAGAAACCCCCCCGCCCCCCAUCCUCAUCCUCCUCUACCCCCAAACCAUCCCAGAAACCCCCCCGCCCCCCAUCCUCAUCCUCCUCUACCCCCGCCGCCCCCAAACCCUCCCAGAAACCCCGCCCCCCCUCCUCAUCCUCCUCAGACACCUCCUCUGACGAGGCCCCCAGUGUCAAAGCCGCCCCCCCCACUUCCACAGACCCGGCGGUUCGGCCCCCGGUCCAGACCCCGGCCGGCGGCACCGCCGACCCCCCCUCCGAAGACGAGAUCCAGCUGGUCAUCAGGAGGCCGCAGCCGCCCAGCUGGAGCCUGGCGGGCCGCCGGCCUCCGCGGGGCCGAGGCUGGCCAGGCGGUCGGGGGGGUCCAGGAGGCCGUGGGGUCCCAGGAGGCUGGGGGGGUCCAGGAGUCCCAGGAGGCCGGGGCGAUCCAGGGGGCCGAGGGGGUCCUGGUCCCAGUCCCGGACAGCAGGGACGGCCCGAGACCGGCCGGACCGCUCCGUUUCCAGGCGGCCUGGAGUCCGGCUGCAGGGCCAGGGAGCCGUCCUACCACACAGAUUCACUGAGCAACCAGUCGGUGGUGCUGCAGAACGGCGCAGAAGCGCGCCAGGAACGGGACUACAGCACCAUGCCGCUGCUGGCUGCCCCUCCCCAGGUGGGGCAGAAGAUCGCCUUCAAGUUGCUGGAGCUGACGGAGAACUACACCCCAGAGAUCUCGGAGUACAAGGAGGCGAAGAUGGUGAAGUUUGACCCAACCACCAAACAGGUGGAGCUAGAGCUUCUCCACGCUUCUAAAGUGGCGCCGGUGGAACCUGGGAAGUUCGACCUAGUCUACCAGAAUGCAGAUGGCUCAGAACAUGUGGAGUACGCCGUCACCAGAGGAUCAUGGGUGACAGAACGGUGGGAGUCGCUGGUGGAGCCAAGACUCGUCAUUUAAACCGGGAACACAGGAUUUGACGUCCAACCGUUUUGGGCAUGAUGGAUUUGCCUUUCAGGAAGUGACUUUACUUCAGGACCCUUCCGUUCUUUUCCUGGACUGGGACGUCAGGCUUUUAUGUUUUGUACAGUUACACGAGUGAGAUUCUUCUCGUAAUAAACACUUUUUCUACUAAAAUCUGGUGUGGUUUGACUGUGGAGCAAAAGUCUUGUUUUCUUAUCCUGAAAGAAAAUUGAUAAAAUACUUGGAGUUCCUGG